AAGAAGCUUGUGCAGGCUUUGGGCUAUGCGCCGCCCAUUUUAAGCAGAAGUAGUAGAAGAAGAAGGCUGUGGGUACGCAAAUGGAGCUCUUCAUCAUAGCCGCUUUUGCGGCAUGGCUUGGCUCCGUAGGAAUGGGAACAAACCUCGGUUACUCCUCCCCUGCCAUUCCGAGUCUGCAGAAAGCCAAUGCCACCGACGCCCUAACCAUCAACGACGACGAAAAGAGUUGGUUUGGGUCCCUCCUAACCAUUGGAGCCCUUAUUGGAGGACUCCUAGCUGGCUUCCCCACCGACAUCUUCGGUCGCAAGAAAAGCUUAAUACUUUCCGGCAUCGGCCUGUCGUGCGGAUGGGUGGUCAUCGCCACAGCGAAGUCCGUCGUCAUGCUUUGCAGCGGCAGAGUCAUUGCAGGGUUUUUCACCGGACUCAUCUCGCUCGUGGUACCUGUCUACGUGUCGGAGACGAGUCGUCCUGACGUGCGCGGCAGCCUGGGAGCAGGGAUACAGCUGUCGGUGACGAUCGGCAUACUGGCUGUGUAUAUAUUUGGAAUCUUUCUGAGCUGGAGUUCCUUGGCGCUUGUUGCCACGGCUCCGACGUGUCUGAUGGCUGUCAUGAUGCUGUUCAUGGUCGAGUCACCACGCUGGCUGCUAAUUCAAGGCAGGCGAGAAGACGCCCUUAAUGCGCUGAAAUUUCUGUACAGCCAAAGCCAAGACCACGAAGCGGAAUGUCGAGCGAUAGAAGACAACAUCAAAAUGAACCCUGUGGAAAAAUUUAAGAUGAAAGAACUCCUUCAGCCCUUCAUAUACAAGCCCAUUUUGAUCAGUGUCUUCCUCAUGGUCAGCCAGCAACUGUCCGGUAUCAACGCCGUCAUGUUCUACGCGUUAUCAAUUUUCGCGGACGCUGGCACCGACAUCCGCCCUGAGAUUUGCAUGGUCAUCAUUGGUGUCGUGCAAGUGGUAGCAACAUUAGUGGCAACCAUGGUGAUGGACAAGGGUGGACGUAGGGUGAUGCUUCUCAUAUCCGUCGUCCUUCUCGGAAUCAGCCUGGCAGUGUUAGGCGGAUAUCACUACAUGAAAAAAACAAAAGGCGACGCAGCGGUUAACGACAUGUCCUGGCUUCCCCUCUUGUGCCUUUCAGUGUUCAUCAUCGGUUUUUCCUGCGGUAUGGGCCCCGUGCCCUGGCUCAUGAUGGGCGAGCUCUUGCCAGCGCGAGUAAAAGGAAUCGCGUCUAGUAUCUGCACGGGCGUCAACUGGGGUAUGGCCUUCGUCGUCACGAAGGAGUUCGAUCGUAUGCUCAGCUUGUUCGGGGCUCAUGGGACGUACUGGUUCUUCGGGGUCGUCAUGGCACUGUCGUUCAUUGUUAUUUUCGCAGCUGUCCCAGAGACGAAAGGUAAAACGCUCGAGGAGAUCGAGAUGCAAUUCAGAGGGAUCACGUACGAGCCGCUCAAGCCGGAGUCGCCUCCUCCUGGACCCGGUGAUCACCCCCAACUGCUAGAACAUCCAGCCGCUGCCGGAGCUCUACCUGUGGCUGCAGGACCAGGAGUCGUGGCUUUGAACGUACAACAGCCGGUAUUGGGCGUUCCGCUGCAGCAUUGACAACGCGCAAAGUGAGAAUGUGGAAGACUUGAGACGGGUCACUUGUUCUGACUUAUAUCUGAAAUAUUUUAUCCUUGUAUCUUAGCGGUCGUAAGCGCGGAAUAAAUCGACGGCGUGAAGGA